AAUAUGGCGAUGGUGGAAUGCGGCGUGCACAGUAUCAGAUCAACGAUACCAUGCAUUUCUGCAGAAAUGUCAGACCCAUAAGAGCUCCGACAAACCCUUCUAGGUUUACAAUUCUUUCCUUAGAUUGUGUGGAUGUGGCGUUGUGGUGGCGUUGCUAGUUUAGAGACGACUCUUGCUUCCGGCUUACGUCACCGAAGUUUUUGAACUGCAUCCACUUCUACCUACUACAGCACGCUGUCAACGAGUUGCUACACGAGAGAAACGAACCCCUGGCUAGGGUUGAUUUUACCCUAUCCGCUGCGGACAUGCCUUCAAGUCAGCCUGUGCGCCUCGAUUUGGCACAAAAUGGCGCCGCAUCCCUGCGUGGCGUAGGCAUGUUGGACUUGUUGGAAUGCGAUAUACGGCCCACUUUCGUUCUGGAUAUGAUAAAGGCCGAUUUAUCACGCGACGAUAGAGUUCUACCAGUCUACUGGAAUCCGGCCAUGGCUACCACCGAUUCGGAGAGCCUAUGGGAUGCUAUAACAGGCAAAGCCAGCACGAACGGCACAAAACCGGAAAAGUGUGCGGUCUUUUCACAUUUCAAGAGCUGGAUCUUGGACCAGAAAGCAACGAGCAGACCCUUUGUCUAUUGCAACUUGAGUUGGAUGAAGGUCCUGGUUGCAAGCCGGUGGAAUGUCAUAAGCGUUAUCUCAACAAAUUCAUCCCUGGAUCAAGAGAACACAAAGCCCGAGAGAGCAGGGCCUUACAGAAAUAUCUCACAAACAACAGUACAGACGUUCAACUGGACUGGUGAUGUCCCUCCCGCGAAACUGUCGCCUCAUGUUGCGUUCGCGCGUAGCAUCGAUUGGUCAAGCACUUCAUUAGGACCGAUGAAGUUAUGGUCUUCACAGCUACGCAAUGCUGCCAAUCUAGUAAUGCAGGAUCCUCAGCCCGCAGUCGUCUUUUACGGUCCAGAUCUGAUCAUGAUAUAUAACCAGGCGGAAAUCGAGCUUCUUGGUGAUUUUCAUCCUUGUAUGGGUGUCAGUGCACGCGUUGCUCUUGCUUCAGUCUGGUUCAACCAUUUUGAGCCCAUGAUUGAACAAAAUCUAGCAGGAAACACGGUCGAGAAAAUCAAUACGUCCAUUCAUAUGGUUCGAAAUGGCUUUAUGGAAGAAACGUAUUUUUCUUUGAAGUUCAUACCACUCUUUGACUCUGAUGGUGCUACGGUUGGUCAUUAUGAAUCACUUGUUGAAACUACUAGAGAUGUGAUCUCACGAAGACAGUCGCAAACGCUCCUGGAUCUGAGCGAAGAAAUACCGCGAGCACGCGACACUGAAUCAUAUUGGGCCCUUGCUACUGAGGUGUUGUCCCGCAACGAUAAGGACAUUGCAUACGCUUUACUUUACUCGACGGAGACUGAUGGAAGCGGAUCAGGAUCAAGCAGGACAUGGUUCUCUGAUAACUAUCAACAGUGCAAGCUCCAAGGCUCAUUCGGACUGCCAAAUAGUUCGCCUGCUGAGCAUGAACACCUCGAUCUCCAGCAAGACCAUGGCUUUACGCCAUACUUCCGACAAGCUAUCGACGCUCAAAAGCCCAUCAUCGUUCGAUUCGAUCCAAGCUCAUCAGCUCCGGAAUCGGUUCGAGGGACACAGUGGCAAGGCAUCGGCGACCCCUGUAGAGCAGCGGCCAUAUGCCCCCUCAACCCUACGUCGUCGAAAGACAAUAUUCUUGGUGUUAUGGUUAUCGGAUUGAAUCCUCGUCGGCCUCAUGACGAGGAUUAUCUCCAGUUCAUUCUGGUAGCUAGCCGACUGCUCUCUACAUCUCUGACCUCAAUACUGCUUCACGAAGAAGAUAUUGGACGUCGGGAACGAACCAUUGCAAACGCUGAGGCUAUGAAAUUUCAGCUUAAACAACAGCUACUAGAAUCCCAAAAAGAGGUCGAGCGAAGCGCUUCAAAGUUUCAACGUUUUGCGGAGCGAGCCGACGUUGGCAUUUUCCUCAUCGACAUGAACGGCGUCUAUUCGUACAGGAACGAUGCUUGGUACACUAUAUUGGACCCGGAUACCUCCAACCUUGGGCUCGGCGAAGCCUGGGGCGCACUUAUAGACGAUGAAUACGCGUCAAUGGGGCAAGCCAAAUUCGAAAAACUUGUAGAGACAAAACAACAUCAGUCAUUCGAGUUACGCCUGAAGAAAACUUGGAAGGUGUCAAGCAAGAGCUUCGAUGAAUCCGUUCCUGAGCCACAACCCAAGUGGGUUAUUUGCUCAAUAUUCCCAGAGCUGACAGAGGAUGGCGAAGUUUUAGAGAUCGUCGGCUGUAUUACAGAUAUCAGCCGGCAGAAAUGGGGCGAGAAGCUCCAGGCUACCCAAGCGUUGAACGCUCAAGAGUCCAAACGGCAACUGGAGAACUUCAUUGACACUACAUCACACGAGAUGAGAAAUCCUUUAUCUGCAAUUGUCCAGUGUGCCGAUAGCAUUAUAACCUCGCAUCAAGCCUUCGAAAAGUCCACUCGCAAUCAAUCGGUUUAUCGGAGUAUCUUAGACACCACUAUUGACGCUGCUGAAACCAUUGUUCAGUGCUCAAAGCACAUGAAAACCAUCGUCGAUGAUGUGCUUACAAUGUCAAAACUGGACUCUGGGCUCUUUACAAUGACUCCAGUUGAUGUAGCGUUGGAGUCAAUUGCGAGGGAUGCCGUCAGAAUGUUUGAAGGCGAGGCGAAAUCGGCUGGUGUUGACCUGGAAUUCCAACUCGAAGACUCAUGCAAAAAGAUCGAUGUUGACACUAUUUCGCUAGAUCCAACUCGGGUACUACAAAUAUUGAUUAACCUCAUCACCAAUGCGAUAAAGUUUACACGACUCGAGGAGACGCGUCACAUCUCUGUCAGUCUGGGUAUAUCCCUUGAAGAACCAACCCACAACGCUGUCGGAGAUGUACCGUACACACGUUCAUCGGAAACGUCGGAGGCAAAAACUUUGCAAGCGGACUGGGAGAAGGGAGAAACGGCAAGUGUUUAUGUCAUGUUUUCAGUGCAAGAUACUGGACGUGGCCUAAGCGAUGCCGAACACAAACUCCUUUUUGCCCGCUUCUCGCAGGCUUCGCCUCGAACACAUAUAGAUUACGGUGGUUCCGGGCUCGGUCUCUUCAUUUCAAGACGGCUCACUGAGAUGCAUGGCGGUGCCAUUGGGUUCGCGUCAAAAUCAGGUGUUGGCAGCACCUUUUCAUUUUAUGUGAAAAGUCGAAAGGUCAAAACAUCUAUACCAGACAACGAAACCAAAACCACAAUCGAACUAAGUAUGCGGGCCCGGCAAACGGUACUCCGCAGUCGGUCUCGUGAUGAUGGGAAUGAGCCUCUUCUACAUUCGAAUCCUAUCGAGGAAGAUGUCGCCAACAGCGAUCUUCACAUUCUCAUAGUAGAAGACAACCUAGUCAAUCAGCGCGUGCUUGCCAAGCAACUACGAAAUAUUGGAAUGCACGUCGCUGUAGCGAACCACGGUGGCGAAGCUCUCGAGUACCUACGCAGCACUAAUUAUUGCGUGGCAGACAAAUCUGCAAACCAUCUCACCUUGAUACUGAUGGAUUGGGAGAUGCCCAUCAUGGAUGGGUUGACUUGUGUGCGUAAUAUUCGGGAGCUCCAAAAGCAGGGAGUUGUACAUGGACAUAUCCCUGUUAUAGCAGUCACGGCAAACGUAAGGUCAGAACAGGUUGAGAUUGCAUUGAAGGCUGGUAUGGAUGAUGUGGUCUCCAAACCGUUCAGGAUACCUGAGAUUUGUGCGUGUAUACAGAGAACCCUCCGCAAUACAACUGGAAAAUGAAUACAUAAUACGCCCGAAUUGUCACGAUG